CAAGGCAGAGCAGAGCAGGAACAAGGGGUGGAAGUGGAAGGGAAAGGCGAAUUGCAGGCUGCCUCUGAGCCACAUUUCGGAUGGGAAGAGGAAGAGGAAGAGGGGAAGCCUGCCCUUGACAAAGCCAGCUGGAGGGGGGAGAGCCUGAAUCUGACAUGCUAAACACACUUCUGCACACACACCACAUUUGUCUGUGAUUUUUUUUCUUUUUUUCUCAAUUGAAGGAGCAGAUGGUUAGAGGGAGAGUAGGAUCCCCCCCCCCCAACAACACCCACCUCACACACACACACAAGCAUAGACAAGCGCACUUACUGACACACAAAACACCCGCUCACCAGCAGAAACACCAAUCCCGGCCAGAGGACUGUUGUUGACUGCAUGGAUCUGUCCUCACUUUGUUUGGGCUUUGAGAGGAGCGGCACAUCUUUGCCUUCCAAGGAGAGGAGGAAUACCCGCUGCAAGAUCACAGGACUGGAGGAGGAGACAACGGAGGAGUGGGGGUUGAGACUUGUGAAAAUCCUCUGUUAAAAAAAGCAGCUUUGGGAGGAAGACAAAGCACAGACUAAUACCAGAUAAUUACCUCCAUUGGACGAGCGGUGUCAUUUAGAGCGAGGGACGUCAUCGAAUUUGACGAGGGGACAACGCCGCACGCGCCAAGUACAGACAAGCCUUUCUGCAGGAAAUGUAAGUAUUUCCUGUUUCCAAGCAGCCCUUGUUGUUUUGGACAUUGUGACAGAGAGAGAUUCAGCUUUUCGCAGCAACAACUACUGAGUGGCACAUGGUACGAGGCAUCUGAAUAAGAAUCAGCUCUUGUCAACAAGAUUUCUUUGUUUCUCCUUCGCUCUCCUGUGAUGACAUCAUUCUCAGUGGAAUCCAGGAACAUAGGAGGUCUUCGCUCCCGGUCCAAACCCCAGUCUUAAAUCUCCCAAUCCUUACACAGAGUGGUUAAUCCUGAUUUGGGAAUGGUGGGCUCCCAGACUGCUGAGCCAAUAAAACUGCACCUCCCGAGGAUUUGUGGAAUCUGAGCAAAUCGGGAAAUCUUGAUAUUUGUCAUUUGAGGAGCUGACACAACCCAACAAAAGAGCGAUCCAGCUCAGAGGGGACUCGAUCCGGGCUCCGAGCAGAUCCAGUGUCCUCAGCCUCGGCCCACGAGCUCGGCUCCUCUCCAGCAUUCUCCUGACGGGGCCUGGAUUUGCUGCUGCUACUCUGGGAGUUCAAUUUCAUGCAACCAUCCCAAUGGUGUAACGGGUGCGUGUGUGGUUUGGGUUCUGAGCGCUCUGAACACUACUGCACCAUGACGUCUGAGAUCUAUCACCUCCCGCUCAACGUGUACGUCAUUGUGCUGGGCAUCGGCCUCUUCGUCUUCAUGCUCAGCCUCAUCUUCUGCUGCUACCUUUUCAGGUUGAAACAACAAGGAACCCGGGAGCAGUUCAGCUACAAUGAGGUGGUGCUCAAGGGUGCCAGCAAGAAACUGAGUCUUCUAGGACAAACCUGUGCGGUGUGUCUGGAGGAAUUCCGAACCAGAGAUGAACUUGGAGUGUGCCCAUGCUCACAUGCAUUUCACAAGAAGUGCCUGCUUAAGUGGCUGGAGAUCCGCAGCGUGUGCCCCAUGUGUAACAAACCCAUCCUCCGGCUGCACACAGACGCCCCCCAGGGUGCCGAGGGUCCGUUGGAUCCGGAGGAGGUUUGAGCGAGCUGGCAGAGCAGAGAGAGGACUCCUCACAGAAAACACGCACACACAAACACAACAGAUGAAGGGCAGUGGUCAUCUUAAAGACAUCUCACAAGAUAUGUUGAUAGUGAUCCCAAGUGGCUGCCCUGCAUAUGACCUUUGAGCAACAUGCCUGAUGGUAAUCGCAUCUUGACAGCACCAAAAUGAUUUGGACGGAUCAGUUAAGGAGCUGGAGGAUGAUCAAGAUAAAGAUAAAGAUAGAAGUAAUGCUCUUAGUUCUACAUUCAUAAUUGCACCGUUUACCAAAAAACAUGGUCAGGCAAGAGGAGCCACAAUAGAAAGCGGGAGAUCAUCGCCACCAGACGACUAGUGCAGCACUGCCAGAGACCAACAACAUUACAGGCAUCGAGAAGGACAGCAAGAUCAGUAUGGAUACCUCUAAUAUCUCAGGGGUGUUACCAAUACAGCCAGCACAAACCACGUCAGCCACCCUAUAGCCCUGUGCCACACAUGCAUCUUCAGUACUGCCGAUGUAGGGGAAAUGCUCCAGCUGUGAGAAGUUAGCCACGACGUCCAGCGGAAACCAAGAGCGGCGGGAUUACAACCACGGCGAGAUAAGUAGACGAUGUUGUUACAGAUUGUGUCCCAUGCUCUUUCCUUUUAGAAAGAGACUGAUAGAAAAGUAGUCUUGCCUGUAUGUAUUGUAUGUAAACAUGUCCCUAUAUAUUGUUAUUUUGUAUUUGUUGCUUUUAAAUAAAACGUCACGUGAUGUAUUGUAA